ACUAUCAGCUUAAAUUACGUCUUCGGUCUGAUGGUCAAUCAACGAGAUUGUGGUUUUGAAAGUCCGAAACAAUGCUGUUUGUUCAAGAUAACUCGAUCAGCGCCACAACGGUGCUAAUUUGCCAUUUACGCAAAUCGGGAUCUGUUUUUCUAAGCAUGGUAUGUAUUCAUCUUUGAAGACAAUAAUCUGGUGGGGACUUGGAAGAUAAUGUUUCCGCGGUCAGUUUAAUCAAUAUUACUUGAAACAGUGCGCGCACAGCUACAUGUAUUCGAAAACUUCUAAGUUUAAAGCGGUUAAGCAGUAGCUUUCUAAGCCUCACUGAAAGCGGUAAAAAAGUCCAGCGAUAUCAAUUAAUUGAAUUAUCCGACUGUUUGCCGUUAUCCCCAUUUACUCUCUUGUUAUCAGAUUAAUCAGUGUGGUGUUCUCGAUUUAAAAAAAUUGUGAAAAUCAACAUGCCGACUGCCGACCCGAAUUUGGAGCGUAGGAAUUGUAUUCCCAUUUUAUACACCAGAGGCACUCACUAUGAAGUUGGGUACGACGUGGGGCGUACAUUUUCCGGGCUAAUUCAAAGCUACUUGAGGGUGGCUGAAGCCCUUCCCAGCUACUUGGAGGCCUACUCAACACCGGAAGGUAGAAACGGCUAUGACGACACCCUAAAAUGCCUACGAUCGAACUUUCCCCAAUAUAUACGAGAACUAGAAGGGACGGCCGAUGGGGCGCAAGUGCCUUUCCAUAAGUUGUUCCUUCUGCACAUGGAUGAUAUCAUUCUGAACGCCGGCCAGAAGCAAAGAGCAACCCAGCCAACAGGCUGCUCAACCAUAUGCAUAAAUCAACACGGACAAGAGUUGCUGGGGCACACUGAAGACGCGUUGGCUUCCACCCUAAACCACUUCUACUUUGUAUCCGCCCACAUAAUCGCUGAUAAGCCGCAAGGAAAAUGGCAGGUUCAAGAGGAAAAAUUCACCUCCCUUUGCUACGCUGGGCAUUUGCCCGGCUACACCAUGAACUACAACCAUCAUGGUCUGGUAUUUUCCGUAAACACUGUGAGCGCCAAACAUUUACGAACCGGAAAAACUCCACGCCAUUUCAUUGCCAGAGCUCUACUGGGGGCGGAAAAUUUCGUGCAAGCCCAACAAAUCCUUAGAGACUCCGGAUGUGGAGCUGGAGAUGGAUGUUCGAUUAAUAUGACUUUCCUGAACCAGGAUGGCAAUCGCAUGUUUCAUAAUGCUGAAAUUGGACCAGUUGUUGGCAAUGCUAGCGAAUCGGACCUAAACAUCCUUACUAUCAGUCCUGGGGAGUGUUUCUAUCACACUAAUUCGUAUUUGCGGCUGACUAUCGAAGAAGUAAACGAGAUGAUGACUGCCAGUAGCGCGACACGUUUGUGCACGUUUAGCAAAUAUAAAACACCAACUAAUGAAGAAGACUUGAAGAACAUGCUCAGUGAUUGCACCGAUUGUACCCAUCGAGUAUUCAGAGGUCAAAAAGAGGAUUUUGUCCAAACAAUCUGUGUGGGCAUAUUCAACCUCACUGAGAAGACCUGGUCUCUGUACGCGGACAGUCCUGCGGAUAAUGAGCCGAUAGCAAUCCUGCCCAUUCAACUAAGGAAAUGUCGUUGAAAACUUGAUUGGAACAAACCUAUUAAAUACCUGAACAUUGUAGAAAAAAUAUAAUGUAUUCCUUUAUAGGUGUCAAAGUGAGAAUAAAUCUAAAUAAAUAAAUUUCAAUUUAACAAAA